GCAGGUUUCUUUGUUGGCUGCCGGGUGACUGGUUCCCAUUAAUCUCCCGCACUGGUCGUGGCCGUCUCCACUUCCUGCCUUUGCAUACUUCUCUCUCCCUCGAUUUCAGUCCCUUCCCACCCCUUUCCCUCCCCCCUUUCUUUCCCUCUUCCCAGCUUCUCCAAAAAAGCUACGAUCACCCGGGCUGCGGGACGGGGGCUGCAGGCGGCCGGCGGAGGGAGCGCAUCCCCGCGCACCUCGUUACAGAAACAUGAAAGAAUACAGGAAAUCCUGCAUGACCUUAUGAAUACCUGUGCUAAUUAAGUCACUGGCUUGGUACUGGAAGAACAGCAAGAUAAUAACACAGAGUUUUGUCUGGGAAAUACAAAUCUGAGAAUGGAGUGGCAAGGGAAAUGCUCCAAAUUUCAGAUAUCCACAUUUCUAGAGAGCAGAAAUGACCAUGACUGCUAACAAGAACAGCAGUGUCAACAACAGAGCUGGAGGGAGUAAAGUGCCUCAGGACACUCUGGAUAGGUGCCAGUCAGCCACUCUGCCGCCCCUGUUGUCCCCGCAAAGAAGCCCUGCCUACCCCCUCAGUGACAGCGAGGACUCUUCCCGCUCUACGGGGCUCUCCAAAGGCUCCAGCUCCAGGCGGUGCCUCAAGGACUGGAACAGCCGCACGUCUACGCUGCGAAGCACCUCCACGAGCCCCUCGGACACCGACUCCCCCAGCCGCCCCCUCAAAGCCAUCAGCGUGGGUGCUCUGGACAAAAGGCUGUCCGUGUUCAAGGCUGACCAAAAGGAGACUCCAAAUAAGGGUCAAGACAGGGAAGCAAUAGGGAGCCAUCCACUCACCAGGAGCACUCUGUCCUUGGGCACUGCCUCCAAAUUGAGGACCCUCUCCAUCAGCAGGGUGAGCGUCCGCUCGCAGGCGCUGGACAUCCGGCAGAAGAUCACAGAAUGGGAAUGCCGCCGGGAGCUGUCCCCCAGGACGAGCGUGUGUAUGGACAAGAGGGAUGCUGGGGAGAGGUCGGGCAGUGAGAGCUGCCCCAGUGUGCUGACCUCUCCCUGCAGCGACAAAACAUUUGAUUUCAAAGGGCUCAGAAGAAUGAGCCGAACAUUUUCCGAGUGCUCUUACCCAGAAACAGAGGAGGAGGAACUGCUGGACAGGGAUUCCUGCCAUCGGUUUGAAAAGAGACCAGGCAGGAGCGAACCUCCUUUCCUUAAGAGCCAUGUGAGGAAAGAGUCCUCAGCUGUGCUCAACAGAAUCCAGAAGAUCGAGCAGGCACUGAAGGAGCAGUCGGGCAGAGGCCUCCCCCAGUUACCAAGUAGCUGCUACAGUGUUGACAAAGGGAGGAAAAACUCUGGGACUCUGAGUACUGUGGAGGGACUGAGCGAAGCCCUGAGCGAUAGCAAAGGAGGAGGCGUUAUUUUGGGGAGUGAACCAGAAACCCCUCCUGAGGCUGAGAAAAGCAGUAAAACGAAACAGGGGGUCACUGUGAACUCAGCUGGCCCCAAAGUGCUCCUGGAAAGCGCAGCUAACAGCGCCGUCAAUCCCGUCCCCAAGCCCAAACGCACCUUUGAGUACGAGGCAGACAAAUCCCACAAAAGCAAACCAAGCAAUGGCCUACCUCCAUCUCCCACACCUGCUGCUCCUCCUCCCCUCCCGUCCACUCCUGCGCCCCCCGUCACCAGGAGGCAGAAGAAAGAGUCGCGCUUUCACAGAAAAUCCCAGAAUAGAAAAUCCUUUGAGUUUGAGGAUGCCUCAAGCCUGCAAUCCCUGUACCCUCCCUCCCCGACUGAAAAUGGAACCGAGAGCCAGCAUAAAUUUGGAUCCAAGAGCACUUUAGAAGAAAAUGCCUAUGAAGACAUCGUAGGCGAGUCACCCAAGGAAAACCCGUACGAGGAUGUGGAGCUGAAAGGCCGUCACGCUGGGCGAAAAUCCCAUCAGCUGUCCGAGAACUCCCUAGAUUCCCUGCACAGGAUGUGGACGCCGCAGAGCAGGAAAUACCCAGCCCCUCCUCAGCUGCCCUCCAAGGCCAGCAGCCACUCCCUGCGCGUCGGGAACUGGUCAGAGAGGAAGAGCCACCGCCUGCCGCGGCUGCCCAAGCGGCACAGCCACGAUGACAUGCUGCUGCUGGCUCAGCUGGGCAUCCCCUCGUCCCCUUCCAGCCUCAACGAGGACAGCCUGAGCACCGCAAGCGAGCUGCUGUCCACGCGGCGCGCCAGGAGGAUCCCCAAGCUUGUCCAAAGAAUUAAUUCCAUCUACAGUGCAAAAAGAGGGAAAAAACGACUGAAGAAACUUUCCAUGUCCAAUAUUGAGACAGCGUCCCUACGAGAUGAGAACAGCGAGAGUGAGAGUGACUCAGAUGACAGGUUUAAAGCUCACACCCAGCGCCUUGUACACAUCCAGUCAAUGCUGAAGAGGGCUCCAAGUUAUCGAACCCUGGAACUGGAGCUGAUUGAGUGGCAGGAGCGGGAGUUGUUUGAGUAUUUUGUGGUAGUGUCCCUGAAAAAGAAGCCAUCUAAAAACACUUACCUCCCAGAAGUGACAUACCAGUUUCCCAAGCUGGAGAGACCAACCAAGCAGAUGCGGGAAGCGGAGGAGCGCCUCAAGGCUAUCCCACAGUUCUGCUUCCCUGAUGCCAAGGACUGGCUCCCCGUCUCUGAGUACAACAGUGAGACCUUCUCAUUCAUGCUGACUGGGGAGGAUGGCAGCCGGCGGUUCGGGUACUGCAGGAGGCUGUUGCCCAAUGGAAAAGGCCCACGCCUACCUGAAGUUUACUGUGUCAUCAGCCGCCUGGGGUGCUUUGACUUAUUUUCUAAGAUCCUGGAUGAGGUUGAAAGGAGAAGGGGAAUAUCUGCUGCCCUGGUUUAUCCAUUUAUGAGAAGUCUGAUGGAAUCUCCUUUUCCUGCACCUGGAAAGACAAUCAAAGUCAAAACCUUCCUGCCUGGAGCUGGAAAUGAGGUCAUCGAGCUGCGGAGGCCCAUGGACUCCCGCCUGGAACACGUGGAUUUUGAGUGCCUCUUCCAGUGCCUCAGCGUGCGGCAGAUCAUCCGCAUCUUCGCCUCCCUGCUGCUGGAGCGCCGCGUCAUCUUUGUGGCAGACAAGCUCAGCACCCUGUCGAGCUGCUCCCAUGCUGUAGUGGCCCUGCUGUAUCCCUUCUCCUGGCAGCACACCUUCAUUCCUGUCCUGCCCUCAUCCAUGAUUGACAUCGUGUGCUGCCCUACCCCUUUCCUGGUGGGACUGCUCUCCAGCUCUCUGCCCAAACUCAAGGACCUGCCUGUAGAGGAGGCUUUGAUGGUUAACCUGGGAUCUGAUCGAUUCAUCAGACAGAUGGAUGAUGAAGACACACUAUUACCUAGAAAAUUGCAAGCUGCUCUGGAGCAGGCUCUGGAGAGAAAGAAUGAACUGAUAAAUCAGGAUUCAGAUAGUGAUUCAGAUGAUGAAUGUAACACCCUGAAUGGAUUAGUGUCUGAGGUUUUUAUCCGAUUCUUUGUGGAGACAGUUGGCCAUUAUUCCCUGUUCCUAACCCAGAAUGAAAAAGGAGAGCGUGCCUUCCAAAGGGAGGCUUUCCGUAAAUCUGUGGCCUCCAAGAGUAUCCGCCGCUUCUUGGAAGUUUUCAUGGAAUCCCAAAUGUUCGCUGGCUUCAUCCAGGACAGAGAGCUGAGGAAAUGCAGGGCUAAAGGGCUCUUCGAGCAGAGAGUGGAACAGUAUUUGGAAGAGCUGCCGGACACGGAACAGAGUGGAGUAAACAAGUUCCUGCGAGGCCUCGGUAACAAAAUGAAGUUCCUUCACAAGAAGAACUAGCUCCUUCCUGCUGGAACACCAGCCCCAAGCCUGUUUAUGGCUCUGUGCGAGACACCUGCGGCGUUGGAGCGUGGAGGGGGAGGAGAGCAGAGCAAGCUGACAGCAGCUCCGGGCAAUGACUGAUGCUGUGUCAGUGAUGGCUCCUCUGUGUACUUGGGUAGAGUUUGUACAUAAUGUGCUGUAAGCUUUUGUAACUGAUUUUGUAAUGAGCGAGAAAACUGUGGUAAAUAUUUGUAUAUUCCUGAGAAUACCAGGUGCUUGUUUUUUUCUUUAGUAUGAGUUGAGUUAUGCUUGGUGCAGGAACGAGUAGCUGAUGAUGUGCAGCCGACUGUCUCGGCAGAACCACUGACUUCAAGGGAUGUUUGAUGCCUGAACACUGCGGGGUGAAUGAGCUCGGGUACGUGGGAGAGGUUGUACGCACGGGGCCGCUCUCGUGAGGCACAGGCGCUUGUCUGUUUCCUUCGAAUUAAUUUGAAAGGAGAAAUAACAAAGCGACUUGAUAAUAAGGUACUUGGUUCACAUUACAAAACCUCCACUUGGUUUGAACUCUGGUCAGUAAACUCCUUGUAACCCAUUCUGCACUAAGACUGCUAAGCCUGGGGGGAUCUCAGCUCUCUGACAUGCAAGCUGCAGCGAGUAGGUACAGUACAGCCUUUCCUAAUGUAUGUAUGUAUGGAUCCUAAUAAACUCUGUAAAUAGACUUCUUUGUUUAUAUUCAUUGCAGACCUCUGCACUUCCUCAUGUGGAGCAGGUACAAACCCAGCACCUUGCCUGUGAUUUUUUUAAUGAAUUUGUAAUUAAAAUGUAAAGUGGUUAUUACGAACCUGUCUUUUGGUAGGUUUGCUGUUUCACAAGAUGUAGUUUGGGGUUUCUUCAGUGUUUUUCACCAGGGCUAAGACAAGUCAUUUUAUACCCCUCUUUAAAAAAUUUUAUCCUAACAGAAGCAUCUGUUAAAACAUUUUUUCAUGGGUUAGCAGUGAAUUAUUUUAUUGUUGUAUCACAGAUACUGCUUCUGACCUCUGGUAUUUUCAAUUGGCUUAGUGCUGUGCGUGGUGCUCAAUUCUUCCUUGAUCUGGAAACAGAACUCCUGUUGAGGUUCUAGAAGUUUUCCCAUAGUCUGAAGAAGAAAAUAUUAAAAAAAAAAAAAAAAAAAAAGCUUCAAUAUGUUGCAAGUCUGACAGAGAAUGAAAAUUAGCUAAAGUCUCUUACCUUUAAAGAAAACCCACCAUGCUCUGGUUUUAGUCAUUUGCAGUGUGCUGUAAUUAGAUGGGCCUUGAGGCUUGCGCAGUUCCUAACCUGACAGUGGUUCUGGUUUGCUAUCAGCCUCAUAGAGCAAAUUCGAGGGGCUAUUCACUAAAAAGGUGAAGUAAUUUCCUUUUUCAAUUACCUCCCUCACACUUGAGAAUACACAAAAGUUUCUUAAGUGCAUGUGAAAUGUCUGUAAAAUACCAGGUGCCUUUUGAUUCAGAGGAAAUGUUGCCACAACUGAUAAUUUCCAUUACUUUUACUCCUUACUCCAUAAUACCCUCCAAGUUGCAGAAUGAUUCUUAGAUGUAAUCCUUGAGAGUGGAAGGAAUAACGUCACUUGUACAGGUGUCUUUUGGCCUUUUUAUAAACGACAUCUGCUAGUAAAUGUAGGGGGAAAUACAUAAUUCCUCUUAAGAAAAUGAUGGAUAAAACUUUUAUCAGGACGUGCUGUGGACUUACUGCAAAGGCAAGACAAAGCCGCGGAAUGCCGAUGUACGAGAAUGUGGUGCUGUAAAACCCAUCUCCUGCACCAAAGCUGCUUUCCUCCACUUGCACUUUUAAAAAUUAAAGGAGAAAGCUUUUAAACAUUGUGUUAUCUGUCAACAUGUUCUUGCUUUUGUAAUGUGAAUCAGAGGAUACUACAGGACAAGGUGAGAUCAUGGCCCAAAAAAUCUGUGGGUGCCUUUUUGAUCCUCAGACAACAGAUGUGUAAAACAAUCCUUGUAUUCUCUGGAAGUCUGUGUUCUACAGGAUCAGAUGAACAAAAACCAAGGAGUGCGUUAUUUUCCCUUCUAAAUUUGUUGUUAAAACUAAUGGUGUUACUGAGCAGGGAACAGUGUAAGUGCACCAGGAAAAUAAAUAAAUAAAUAAAUAAAUCCAGUGCUGAGGCCCGUGUUUAAAA